CCGCCCAGAACCCGCCUGGGAAGCACUGUGCGAUCGAUGCGAGUCUAGACGUGACGGAUCGGGUACGCUCGUGGUGCAUUCAAUUCCAUUACUCGCGUUCAGUCAGUCGCUGUUUGGAGACCACGAAACUUUGAGGUUAUAAUGGCCGGCACACUUACGAAAUUCUGCAAAAAUUUAACCCAAUUACCAGGAAAACAGGUCAUUCUACCAUCGGCGACCUGCACUCAAAAAAGGAACUAUGGAGGCCAAAGAGUGGUUGCGAAGAAUCCAAUCGUAGAAAUGGAUGGUGAUGAAAUGACCAGGAUUAUUUGGGCCAAAAUUAAAGAAUCACUCAUCUUCCCCUAUGUCAAAGUCGAAUGUUUGUACUACGAUUUGGGACUUCCAUACAGAGAUCAAACAGAUGAUCAAGUAACCAUUGACGCUGCAAAUGCCAUCUUGAAACACAAUGUUGGAAUCAAAUGCGCCACCAUCACACCUGAUGAGGCUAGAGUGGAGGAGUUCAAGUUGAAGAAGAUGUGGCUGUCUCCAAACGGAACAAUUAGGAACAUUCUGGGAGGAACGGUGUUUAGAGAGCCAAUCAUUUGCAAAAACAUUCCAAAACUGGUACCCGGUUGGACCAAACCAAUUGUUAUUGGUCGUCAUGCUCACGGUGAUCAGUACAAAGCCAAGGAUUUCGUUGUAACAAAACCCGGAACUGUUGAAUUAGUCUUCACCGGAGACGACGGAAAAGUCGAAAAGUACCCACUGUUUAAAUACAAAGGCGGUGGAGUAGCCAUGGGAAUGUACAACACUGACGAAAGUAUUUGUGCCUUUGCCCACUCAUCAUUCCAGGUGGCCCUUGGUAAAGGCUGGCCACUCUACCUCUCUACAAAGAACACCAUUUUGAAGAAAUAUGACGGAAGAUUCAAAGACAUCUUCCAAGAAAUCUACGAAAAGACGUACAAAUCUCAAUUUGAGGCCAAGAAGAUCUGGUAUGAACACCGCCUGAUCGACGACAUGGUGGCGCAAGGUCUGAAGUCCAACGGUGGAUUUGUUUGGGCCUGCAAAAACUACGACGGUGAUGUACAAUCCGACAUCGUAGCUCAGGGUUAUGGUUCUCUGGGUAUGAUGACCUCCGUCUUGAUGUGCCCAGAUGGAAAGACAAUCGAAUCAGAAGCAGCUCACGGCACAGUAACCAGACAUUACAGGCAACACCAAAAAGGUCAACAAACAUCAACAAACCCUAUCGCAUCCAUCUUCGCUUGGACCAGAGGCCUGGAACACCGUGGAAAAUUAGACGGAACACCAGAUUUAAUUAAAUUUGCCCAAACAUUGGAGAAGGCCUGUGUGGACACUGUGGAAGGUGGUCGUAUGACUAAAGAUUUGGCGGCAUCCAUACACGGAUUGCCUAAUGUUAAAGAAGGAAUGUACUUAAACACUCAAGACUUCUUGGAUGCUAUUGCUGAACAGCUCAAGAAGAGCGUAAGUUAAACUCCCUCAUAAGCAUCAAUAUUUAGUAAAUCGUUUUAUUUUUUAUAAAUUUAUUUUUAGAUUAAUGAUCGUUCAUCUGUCUCAUUGUAAUUGUCACGCAUUUUGUACAUACAAAAGAAAUAUAUAAUUUUUAUAAUA